AAAGCCACGACCGGAUAUUGUUUUUUGUGUAGCUUUCGCCUAAUGGCAGGAACAUGGCGGCGCCCGUCACUAGGACGCUUGCAGCAUUUCAGCGAGCGACAUGGAGCAGUUUAAAGGCUGUCGAAACCUCAGCGGGUGUGCUGUGGCACCCGGUGCCACUUAUUGUGCCCGUGAGGACUAAGAAGCGUUCCUUCAUCCCUCCAGCUGUGGGGCUGAAGGGCAAGAAGGACAUGAACCUGGAGGCCAAGGCACGAGCGGCCGGCGUUGUAUUCCGACAGGAAUACAUGGAGCGGACCAUCAACAUCUCCUGCACUGCGGGAAUCUUUGACCCCUACAUCCCUCCAGAGGGAGACGCUCGUUUGUCGUCAUUGUCAAAAGAAGGCUUAAAGCAGCGCACUGAGCAGAUACGACAGAGUGCCUCCUCACAGCUGGCAAUUCGUAAGAUCAAAGAGUAUGACUCAGAGUUUUCCACAAAGGGUUUUGCUGAGCAAGCUCAAGAACUCUUCAUCGAGGCCCACAGCGCACUGUGCACGUUCAACAAAGAGAAACUUCACUCACUGGUGACAGAGCGAUGUUACCCCGAGAUGACCAGGGGUAACCGCUACAAGACCCUCCGCUGGCGUUUUGUUGAGUCGCUGGAGGCCCCCAGGGUGGUCCACGCACGCUGCCCGGACAUGGUCACCAAGGGCAACUUGUACGGCCAGGUGACGGUGCGCAUGCACUCCAGACAGAUUCUGGCUAUCUACGACCGCUUUGGAAGGUUGAUGUUGGGCAGCGAGGAGCAAGCAAAGGACGUCUUGGAGUAUUUGGUCAUUGAGCGACACCUCGUCAACCCCUACAGCCGAUGGCGGCUCCACGGAAAGAUCGUGCCAUCCUGGGCCCCCGCCAAGGACCCCAUCAUUAAGACUGUAGCGAUUCCAGGUCCAGACCUGCAGCCAGGAGAAGAAUUUGAGGCCCUCAACUAUCAAGUUCCAAAAGUGGAGGCAGUGCAGUGGUCUAAAUGAGCCGCCAGGUGGUGCUGCUUCAUGUUAAAUAUUUGGUUGCAAAGCUUUUUGUCACUCUGUCCAGCUAAACAUCAGCCAACAUCUGCUAGACUUCAUCAUUUACACGUCAUGUGUAUGUGAAAUGGCAAUAAACAGAUGUUCACAAAUGCUAAGCUUUAUUUCUCAUGACUGUCCUGCAUUGUUGCCCUCGUGAAGUACAAAAAUAAAA